AGAGAGAGAGAGAGAGAGAGAGAGAGAGAGAGAGAGAGAGAGAGAGAGUCUUGACGGAGUGUAGAGGGUAUGGAUUGGUUCUUGUGGAUGAUGUGUUUGGCAAUGUGUGGAGUGGUUUCUGGGGCCAAGUUUGAAGAUUUGUACCAACCCAGUUGGGCUACAGACCACGUCGUCUACGAAGGAGAUGUCAUCGGGCUCAGGCUCGACAACUUCUCCGGAGCUGGGUUUGAAUCCAAAAGCAAGUACAUGUUCGGCAAAGUCUCCAUCCAGAUAAAGCUCGUCGAGGGCGACUCUGCCGGCACUGUCACUGCUUUCUAUAUGUCAUCAGACGGUCCGAAUCACAACGAGUUCGAUUUCGAGUUCUUGGGGAACACCACUGGUGAACCCUACCUGUUACAGACCAACAUUUACGUGAACGGUGUCGGGAACAGAGAGCAGAGGCUUGACCUCUGGUUCGAUCCCACCACUGACUUCCACACCUAUUCCAUCCUCUGGAAUCAACGCAUUGUCGUAUUCAUGGUGGAUGAAACCCCGAUAAGAGUCCACAAGAAUCUUGAAGACAAAGGGAUUCCAUUUGCAAAGGAUCAAGCCAUGGGAGUGUACAGCUCGAUCUGGAACGCAGACGAUUGGGCAACACAAGGCGGUCUGGUCAAGACAGACUGGAGUCACGCCCCUUUUGUCGCCUCCUACAAGGGCUUUGUGAUCGAUGCUUGCGAAUGUCCAACCUCCAAUGACCUUAGCAAAUGCAGCAAUGACAAGAGGUUCUGGUGGGACGAGCCCACAUUGUCUGAACUCAGCCUUCACCAGAGUCAUCAGCUCGUGUGGGUUCGAGCCAACCACAUGGUUUAUGACUACUGCUUCGAUGCCACUCGGUUCCCGGUUACUCCUCUCGAGUGCCAACACCAUCGCCAUUUGUAGUAUAUAGCCUUUAAUUGUCUUGUCUGAAGGAGAAACCCAUCUGAUAAAGAAACAUGUACCUUCAUGUUAUGAUGCUAUUAGUUCAAUUCUCCACGUUCUUUCUAACUAUGCUUGUUUA